GCUUUAUGUUUAAGGACUUUUUACAGAUUUGUGCUAAUUAAAAAUAUCACUAUGACGACUAACGAGAUCAAAACAUUCAGUAUGCGGAACAUUAUUACAGUGUUUGGACUUUGGACUGGGACGUCAUUCCUGUGCCAUUAUUCCGGAAAAUUGUUUUUGAUGUCCGAAGCUGAGAAUGAAUCAACAUAUAAUUUUAUCAAAGCCUUUUUUCUGACCCUUUAUCAAACCUUUAUGUGUUAUUCUCUCACAGAAGUUAAGUUUCACAGUGAUAAAGUGUAUAUAUGUAUUUCUGUAUGCCAUGGUUUGGCAACUUUAUCAACAAACUGCAGUGUGGCCCUUAUGUUUGCGUCAUCUACAUUCGCUAUCAAAUUAAUGGAACCCAUUACCAGUGCCUGUGUACAAAGACUCUUACUAGCUACUCCGUUACAUCCAUCGAUAUUUGUUAGUCUUCCAUUAAUAGUAGGUGGAGCAUGUAUGUUUACUGGAAACCCACCCCAUCUUUAUCGAAAGGCAGUCUCAUGGCUUUUCUGUCCAACGUCAUCCUGGCAGUCAGAAACGCGACAAUCAAAAAAGAAAAUCAAAAUUCGUCCAGGUUGAAUUUACGUCCUUCUUGAACUAUAGCAAUGGUGAUCAUUUGUCAUUUGGUUUUCACAACAGUUCUUUAUCUUAUUGAAACUCGCUUUGGUGCUGAAAACAUUUUGACACAUGCCGUCUUUUUUACAGU